UAUUAUUUCAUUAAUUUGGGUGAUUUAGCUAGCGAGUAAAUGUACUAAGGAUAAAUAUUGCGGUAUUAGCAUAUGAUUACUUGGUCAAAGUCCCAGAGAAUUGAGAAAACCUUUUUCGAUCUGUGGGAAUCAAUGUGAAAGCUUAUUAAUACCCCACUGCACCACCAAACAAGCUGCCCAACUGCACCCAUGUUGGACUAUUAAUUAAGCAGCUGAGAGCGUGAAGUACGUAGGCAGUGGGCUUUGAUUGAUCCUAGCUAAUCAAACCCGAUACAUAUUGCUGGUUUUGUAGUUCAACUGUAUUCUAUAAAUAUACACAGAUGUGUACACGCAAAUAUGUAUAUAUAUAUAUAACUAUAUAUAUAUAUAUAUAUAUAUAUAUAGGGGAUCGACAUGUGUGUGUAAUAUUCAUUCAAUGGUCUAACUACCCAGGCCAUCCAUCCAUUAGUAAUCCGAUUCUUACAAUUUUCCGUCACUCCGGGAGAUUGAUUGACUCGUUCCAUCAUACUGUAUAUUUUCUGAUAAGAUUAGAUUUUAUUUAUGGCUACAGAGUGCAUAGAGAUGGAGGAGGAGAGGCUGACGGCCCAGAUGGAUUUCAAAGACUCUUCCUCCAUCGUCAUCAACAUACGCCGCCGGCUACCGGACUUUCUUCAGUCCGUGAAGCUGAAAUAUGUGAAGCUGGGGUACGGAUACUCUUGCGGGUACCCCCCGGCGGUGCAGGCUGGGGGAGUGGCGGUGGCGGUAUUCUUUGGGGUGAUGCUGGUCCGCCUGGCGGCGGCAGGGUUGAGACUGAAUCGGUUUUGGGAGGUGGUGGUGUACGCGGGACGGAACCCGAGUGUGCUGGUAGAUACGACGACCGGGGUGACGGGGCUGUCGGUGGUGGUGGUGGGAAUGAGCCUGUACUGGGCGAAGCGGCCGCGACCGGUGUACCUGGUGGAUUUCGCGUGCUACAAACCGGGGGAGCAGAGAAAGAUGUCGGUGGAGGGGUUCCUGAAGAUGACGGAGCAGAACGGGUCGUUUUCGGAAGACACGGUGACGUUCCAGAAGAGGAUAUCCCAGCGGUCGGGGCUGGGAGACGAGACGUACCUGCCUGCGGGCAUCACGGCGACGCCGCCGAACCUGUCGAUGAAAGAGGCGCGGGCGGAGGCGGAGGCGGUGAUGUUCGGGGCGCUGGACUCGCUGUUCGAGGCAACGGGGGUGAAGGCAGAGGAGAUCGGGAUCCUGAUAGUGAACUGCAGCCUGUUCAACCCGACGCCGUCGCUGGCGUCGAUGAUCGUGAACCACUACAAGCUGCGGGAGAGCGUGAGCAGCUACAACCUGGGCGGAAUGGGGUGCUCGGCGGGGCUCAUAUCGGUGGACCUGGCGAAGCAUCUGCUGAAGGCGAACCCGAACACGUACGCGGUGGUGGUGAGCACAGAGAACAUCACCCUCAACUGGUACUUCGGCAACGACCGCUCCAUGCUGCUGUGCAACUGCAUCUUCCGGAUGGGGGGCGCGGCGAUGCUGCUGUCGAACAAGCGGCAGGACAAGGGGCGGUCCAAGUACGAGCUGGUGCACACGGUGCGCACCCACAAGGGGGGCGACGACAGCAGCUACAAGUGCGUGUACCAGAGGGAGGACGAGGAGGGGGCGGUGGGGGUGUCGCUGGCGAGGGAGCUGAUGGCGGUGGCGGGGGACGCGCUGAAGACGAACAUCACGACCCUGGGGCCCCUGGUGCUCCCGCUCACGGAGCAGCUCAAGUUCCUGGGGACUCUGGUGAGGAGGAAGGUGAUGGGGCGGAGGGGGAAGGUGAAGCCGUACAUCCCGGACUUCAAGCGGGCGUUCGAGCACUUCUGCAUCCACGCGGGCGGGCGGGCGGUGCUGGACGCGCUGCAGAACAACCUGGACCUCACCGAGUGGCACAUGGAGCCGUCGCGGAUGACUCUGCACCGCUUCGGCAACACCUCCAGCAGCUCGCUGUGGUACGAGCUGGCCUACACGGAAGCCAAAGGCCGGGUGUCGAAAGGAGACCGCGUGUGGCAGAUCGCCUUCGGCUCCGGCUUCAAGUGCAAUAGCGCUGUUUGGAGAGCCCUCCGCACCCUUCCCUCUAACCCCCCCACAUCUAACCCUUGGGCAGACUCUGCUCAUCGCUACCCACUCAAGAUCGAUCAUUAUAUUGACACAACGACCAACUAAUUAAGUACUACCAUUAUCUUUCCUAUCAUUCAUAAUCACUGCUACUACUAUACGUAGUAUAUAAUAAUAAAUUCAUCAACCACAGCACCCUCAAUUUCGCCACCAAAGAAAAAGAGCACAAAUACGAUUCAUUAUAUUGCUUCCUUUAAUACUGUAUAUCCCAUCCCCCCACACCUGCCCAACCAUUGUCGGAAAUCGCAUCCGGAAAACUAACAUUAGGAUCACACAUCUCACGGCUGUAGCGACAUUAGUUAACAUGAAAUCUGAAAGUGAAAUUAAAAUUUGGUCACAUUUUUUUCCCGAAUUAAUGUGAUUUAAAUAAAUAUUUACUGAAAUAAGAUUGGGUUAAAAGUAUUUACGAAUAUAUUGUUGGGCUUAAUCCGAAUAUGAGAGUUUUUAAAUAUGUUUUAUGUGUAUGAAAUGUUGAAUUUGGGUGUAUAAAGUGUGUAUAUUAAUAUGUAUUCAUCAAUUAUCGUCAUGUAUUGUUAUUUAAUAUGGAUUUCUCCAACUUCCUAAUAGUGUGUCAUUGAGGAGGGAAAUUAUUUGAGGAAGUAGGGGGUAUACGCUAUGAAAGUGGUAAGAGACGCAUGUUUGUUGUUUCUUGUGGAGCAUAUAUGCGUGAGAUGAUACAAAAAUUAUACUUCCUCCG